AUGUCUGGUGACGUAUCACCAGUGUCGAUAUUCAGCCUGAAUGCGCUGUUCGACAAUCCGCUCUUUGCGGGUGGCAUCGGCCUGGCGUCGCUCGGCGCCGCGGCUGCGUUUGCCAGAAAAGGCGUCCUAGUCGCGGGCGGAGCGGCACGUCGACGGCUGCUCGUCAAUGUCGAAAUCAGCAAGCAGGAUCCCGCCUAUCCCUGGAUCCUCGCAUGGCUCUCCACGCCUCGCCCGACCCCAGGCUUCAUCGCGUCCCGCCUGACGCGAAUCCACAACCUCUCCGUCACGACGGCGACGGCGUCCAAGGGGUCGGCCAUCGGCGGGCCGCCCAGCGCGCACUUUUUUCUGCAACCGGGCUACGGCAGGCACAUUGUCAAGUUUCGCAAUGCGUUCAUUGCGGUCAACCGAGAAAAGCACAACACGGCCAACAUGAACACGGGCGAACCACACGAGAUUGUGCAGCUGACGACGCUGUGGGCGCAUCGACACAUAUUCGAACAAGUGUUUAGCGAGGCGCAUGCGCUUGCGGCAAAGGCCAACGAGGGAAAGACUGUCGUCUACUCGGCACGAGGUAUGGAAUGGGCGCCUCUCGGAGAACCGCGAAAGAAGCGGCCGCUCGAAUCGGUGAUACUAGACAAGGGCGUCAAGGACAACAUCGUCAGCGAUGUAAAGGACUUUUUGUCGCGGCAGCAGUGGUAUGUUGACCGAGGCAUCCCAUACAGACGAGGGUACCUGUUGUUUGGACCGCCGGGCAGUGGCAAGAGUUCAUUCAUCCAGUCGCUCGCUGGCGAGCUGGACUUUGGCGUGGCCAUGAUUAACCUGAGCGAAAUGGGCAUGACGGACGACAAGCUGGCGUACCUGUUGACCAAGCUGCCCAAGCGCACCCUACUCCUACUAGAAGAUGCCGAUGCUGCAUUUACCAACCGACGCCAACGCGAUGCCGAUGGCUACAGCGGGGCCAGCGUGACGUUUUCCGGCCUGCUGAAUGCGCUGGACGGCAUCGCUGCUGGUGAAGAGCGGCUUGCAUUCCUGACGACCAACCACAUUGACAGGCUUGAUCCCGCCCUGAUCCGCCCCGGCCGCGUCGAUAUGAUGACCAGGAUCGGCGAGGCGACUCGAUACCAGGCAAGCCAGAUGUGGGACCGAUUCUACGGCGAUGUGGACAAGGACCAUGCGAGCAGGGAACGUUUCUUGGAGCGGCUGGACGAGCUGGGGCUAUUUGGAAAGAACGCAAAUGGCGAGCCGUCACACAGACAUACGAGCACGGCUGCGAUCCAGGGUCUUUUCCUUUUCAACAAGAACGACAUGCACGGAGCGAUCAACAUGGCCGAGGGUCUCGUGCCGCGCAAGUUUGAGGCGUCGGACGAUGUGCCAGAGGGGGCCAUCAAGACGUCUGCAUGA